GCUCCGCGGCUGGGGAGAAGGUGAUAGGGGACAGGGGGGAAAAUGGCCUCUGCGUACCUGACGCACCAACAAAAGGUGCUGCGGCUUUACAAGAAAUCCCUGCGCCACCUCGAAUCCUGGUGCAUAUUUAGGGACAAGUAUCGGUUCUAUGCCUGCGUGCUGCGUGCUCGUUUUGAUGAAAACAAGGAUGAGAAGGACUUGGUGAAAGCCACCAUGAUGCUGAGGGCUGGAGAGGAAGAGUUCUGGACCAACCAACACCCCCAGCCCUACAUCUUCCCCGACUCUCCCGGAGGGACCUCCUAUGAAAGAUAUGAGUGCUACAAGGUUCCUGAAUGGGUCCUGGACCACUGGCACCCGUCAGAGAAGGCCAUGUACCCUGACUACUUUGCAAAGAGGGAGCAGUGGAAGAGGCUGAGAGAGCAGAGCUGGAACAGAGAGGUUGCCCAGCUGGAGGCUGAGACGCCACCUGGUGGACCCAAGACCGAGGCGCUUCCUCCUGCUCGCAAGGAGGGUGACCUACCCCCUCUGUGGUGGCAGUACGUCACCCGCCCCAGGGAGCGCCCCAUGUAAAAAACAACCCCCCCCUCUACCUCUCACGAUUCUACUGCCCCAUCAUAUAUACAUAUAUACACACAUAUAUACAUAUAUAUAUGUAUACAUAUAUAUAUAUGUAUAUAUAUGGUGGUACGGUGGCCUUUGGAGGAGGGUCCCUGUGGAAGCGAUCGUGACUACUGCACAACAGGAGCAUGAAGCUUUGUCAACAAUCUGUGUGAAUCAACCAAUCAGCAUUAGCCUGGCCAGAGUAAGUUGUGGGUGGUUGGUGUUUUGCUGGGAUUUGUCAGAACAAAAGACUUGGCUCAGGCACGGCAGCUUGACCCAGUUGACGGUGAUUCUUUUAUUGUCUAGUUAAGAUGGAUGUGUCUGAGAAGUACUGUUGGGUUUCCCACCCUCCCUGUACACCACCACCGGUUCUAAUAAAUACAUGUGCGAUGAAAA